UUAACGGAAGUAGACAAAUAAAGUGAACAGAAGACUGUAGACAAGUAAAAAUGGACAAAUAUGAUAGUGAUAGUGACGCUCCUGCUAUUGAACAGGCCUUGUUUGUGGAAGAAAACAGUGAUGAAGAAAUUAAUCUCAAUGUUCCACCAACUUCAGGAAAUGAAUAUCUUCGGCGUGUUAGACAGGAAGCCAUGGGUUGUCCCCAAGUGGUUGUUGCUGACCUUGACACCAGCGCCUUUAACCACAAACAGACUGUUAAAGUCACUGAGCCAGGAGGAUUGUUGCCAGUACCACCCAGCUAUAGGGCUCCAAUGUCAUGGCAAAGAUUACAAGUGGCAGAGUUUGCAGCCCUACGCCAGAAACUAAUUCAGUACAGGGCUUUGAUCAAACAGAAGAAAGUCAACAUUCCAACGCCAAAUCUUCCCCAUGCCAAUAAUGCUGACAGUUGGUGCAAGUUUUGUUUUGGAAAGAUCCAGGGGAAAUCUGAGAAGUUGGCUGGUGACAGUGUGGCAGGCUCAGUGGACUCGGACCAAGGGACACCACCUUUGUUACAGAUUGUAGCCUUCAUGAAUCAGUUUCAGGUGACCAAAGUUCUGGAAUACCACAUCAACUGGAUGGAAGCAACAGGAUUUAGUUCUCAACAGGGUCGUUGGUUCUUUGCCUUGCUGGCCAGUCUCCAGAAACCACUGACCCCUGAAAUGUGUUCCUGGAUCCGGCGGUUGGCACGGUUGUGUUCCAAUAUCAGGGCAACACUGGAGUCACCAGAAGAUCCGCUGCUGAAAGAGCUCAAUCUGAUCAUAUGCCUUGUGUCUCGAUACUUUGGACAGAGGGACUUGGCCGAUUCAUGAGCAUUAGAUUUAUUGACAGUGUCUCGAGUGACCACUUCAGGCCCCCAGUUCAUUUGGGAUGACGCUGAAUAUCAUAAUUUGUUUUGACAGUCAAAAUGUUUUUUAAACUAAUGCUCAUGUUCAGCAGAUCAGAUCUGAUUCAUUUUUAAAAGUUGAUUUACACAUUUUACAAAACCUAUUACAUAGUAUCCCCAAGCCUUGUGUAGGUUGGAAAUAGUACAAGAUGUUUUCAACUGUGGAUGGACCAUCCUGUUCACAAUCAGAUUUUAGGACAGAAUGGCCAAGCAGUCAUAUUGAACCUGCUUAGAUGUUCAGUAUUUUUUGUGUUCACAAAGGUUAGCAAAUUUCUAGUUAAUUUCAAUAACCAAUUUGUGGUUUUUAAUAAUGAGUGUGGAGGCUUUUGAAGUUAGUUAUGGAACUAACACUAAAAAAAGAGAAAAUCUUCCCUUAUGCCAGGUUGUAAUGCUGCUAGCAUUAGAAAUGACCUGCUGCACAGCAUUACAUUUUUAGCAGCUAAAUAUUGAUUGUACAAGAAUGCAGCAUGCAGAUUCAUUUAGUUUUAAAACACUAUAUUUAAGUCUAUAAACCUUGCCAGAUUUGGCAAGGUGCUGAUAUUCCAGUCACAAAUUUUUACUACCUUCAUCAUCUUGUCAUAAUUUUGUUAAUGUUUUAUUUAACUCGCAUUUUUUUUUUUCUUGUUCAUAUGUUACACACAAAUGUUAUUGGGAAAUAAAAA